AUGAUCGCCGGCGGCGUCGCGUUCAUCGUGACAGACGUCGGCGUGAAAGAAAUGUCCGGAAUAUCCACAUUCGUCUACACAAUACCCUGUGCUACCGGGGGCCUGGCAACGUUCGCACUGCUUUGCAACAUUGUCCUCUUCCGCUCGCUCCACGUGUUGGGAAUGCCCAACCCAUUAGACUCGCCAGUGAAGCGCCAUCAGAAGCGGCAGGUGGCUGUUGUGGUCGGAGUGAUUUACAAUCUGAUCUUUGCGGCUGCGGAUUGUACCAUGGCGUCUCAUUUGGCAACGGCGAGCGGGAUGCUGUUGUACAGCUCAACUGCAGCGUUGGAUGCCGCCAGAAAGCUGGCGGCAGUGAGCGCGAUCACGGCCGGUGCCACGGUUGUUUCUGACGUUGUCCACUUCAGACAACCGGGAAAUAAAACAAAAGAUGACCACCUGUUCGUAGACGAGACGGACCUACUCGUUGGAAAAAGUGAGUUUCGCAGUAACUCCGUGAAGGACCGCAACGAUUAA